AUGAGCAGUCCACUCCAAAGACUGAGACAGUUCCAUCACGAGUUCUUGUCGCCAUGGUUACGAGACCUGUCUCGAGCCCGCUCAAACCUUUUGCCUUUUCGUACACUUUGCAACCAAUUUCAUCACUUUGGCCUUGUUUAUUUAUUUAUUUAUUUAUUUAUUUUUGGGGGGGGGGUCGCUUGUACACACUGCGCCGCGCAUGCGCCGAAAGGGUCGCCCGUGACGACAGCGCGAGGGCGUGGACGCGCUGCCAGGAGAGAGCGGGGCGCGCACGCACGCCGCCGCCUCGCAGUCACGGCGGAGGAGGAAGAAGAAGAAGAAGAAGAAAAAGAAAAAGAAGGAGAAAGAGGAGGAGAAGGAGGAGGAGGAGGAGGAGGAUGGACGCGGCUCCCCCCACGCUGCGCGCGCCUCACUAGGGCAACAUGGGCUGCAUCGGAUCCAGAAGCAUCACAUGGCCGUGCCGAGUUCUCCUGGGAAGGAAUCAAUCUGUCCAUGGAGGACACCACGUCCAUCCUGCCGCGCCUCAAGAGGAAGCCGGCCAACUCCUACGGCAUCGGCGCCCUGGCUAAGUCGUCGCUGACAGGUGUGUCAGGCGUGACGCGCUCCAUGAAGGACAAGGUGACCAAGCCCACCGCCAUGGCGCAGGGCCGCGUGGCCCACAUGAUCGAGUGGCAGAGUUGGGGCAAGCCCUCGGCGGGGCCGCUGGGGGGCGCCGGCCGCGCCAACCUGCAGCGGGAGAAGGAGCGGCGCAUGGAGAACGACGCCUACAGCGACCUGAGCGACGGCGAGAAGGAGGCGCGCUUCGCCGCCGGCAUCAUGCAGCAGUUCGCCAUCUCCGAGGCGACGCUCUUCGGGUGGACGUCGGUGGACGACGACCUGGUCGGCGACUCCGACCGCGGCAGCGUGGCGCACCUCAGCGACGUCAACCAGGACAGCAUCACCAGCAGAGACCAGGUCCUCCAGCACUCGUCCGCCGACGUGUGGCCUCACACGUACGUGUCGCAGGGCCUCUACUGCCUGUCCUCGUCCGACGCCUGGGAGCCAAUCACCAGUCAGCCUUCGGGCGUGGCCUCGCCGGCCGCGGGCUCCUACGUCACGCCGGCGGGGAGCGGCGCCGGCGCCACGCCGGGCGAGGGCUACGAGUCGACGGUGGGCGGCUUCCUCCAGCAGCACAACCAGCUGCAGCAGCUCCACCAGUACCAGCAGCAGCUGCUGCACUACCAGCAGCAGCAGCAGCAGUCAUCGCACAGCGCCUCUUAUUCGCUCCAAGCCACGCCCAGCAGCACCAUCCACAGCCUGGGCCCGCCCGCGCACCCGCGCCUGGCUGAUCUGUGGGGGGCGGCGCAGGCGGAGGCGCACCAGGUGGAGGUCGUCGGGCAGCUAAGCGGACGGGCGGCGGAGGCGUCCGACGGCGUGGCGGACGCCCUCGGGGAGGGGCCCGAGGGGGAGGAGGAGGAACUCACCAGGGUGGAGGACGUCACACUGACCUCGGAGCCCAAGCCGUGCCCUCUGACCCCGCCGCGGGAGGACGCGCCGUCCACGAGAGGGCCCAGCCCGGCGACGCCGGCCGAGAGGCUCGCCUUCGACGCGACGGCGCGCUUGGAGGAGACGGACGACGACCCGGACGAGGGCGGCGCCGGCGGCGUGGCGGUGGCCACCAACUGAGCCGAAAAGUCCGACACAACACAAUCAAUACACGUCCAAUAAUCAAUCCCGAUAUUAGCCCAGCCCCUCCCCCUUUUUCAGGACAAGUGGAAUAUUAACCCAGCAAAAAAAAAAAAUGUUUUUGAGGGGGCGACCAAAGACCAGUGGACAGGAAGUACAACCCCAAACGCACCCAAGAGGAGGAAGCGUUUGCGUCCGUCGUCUGGAACUUCCUGCCGGCGCACCGCCGCAAUGUUGCAAUGUACACAAAAGUAAUAACAUAUCCGACUGCUUUUUAUAAUAAAAAGGGGAAAAGAUCACGCAGAAACGUUCGCGUGCG